AUGGUCACAGACGUGCAGCUCACCAUCUUUACCAACAUGCUGAACAUGUCACUCUUCCUGCUUGUCAUUUUCUAUCACUUCGUUUCUAUCAACAACCCCAAAAAGCAGGAAUGA